AGAAGUGCGUGUCCGGGGCCCUCAUGCCCACAGAGCGUCUGGGUGUCUUGCAGAAAGACCUCCGCACCCCUGAUGUGGUCAUCGGCGCCGACACCAUCGUGACAGUGGACGGGCUGAUCCUGGAGAAGCCGGUAGACAAGCAGGAUGCUUACAGGAUGCUGUCCAGGCUGAGCGGGAAGGAACACAGCGUGUUCACGGGCGUGGCCAUCGUCCACUGCUCCAGCAGAGACGGCCAGCUGGACACAGAGGUGUCCACCUUCUUUGAGGAGACACGCGUGCGCUUCUCCGCGCUGUCCGAGGCGCUGCUGUGGGAAUACAUCGACAGCGGGGAGCCCAUGUCGUCCCACUGUGCCUGUGCACCCACCUGCCGUGUCUCUUUCUGUCUGUCCAUGCAUCCGUCACCUCUGUCCGUCAAGUGUCCAUCCGUCUACCUGCCUGUCCUCCUGUGUAGCUCUGCGCCUUCCUGUCCCUGUGUGCUGUGUCCAUCCAUGGCCCCACCCGUCACGACCCAGCUGUCCCACGGAGGCCAGCGCACGGUGUCCCAGUGCCCACAGUCCCCCCCAGCGGGGGGCUGGAGGCUGCCGGGGACAGGUUCAGCCCCACCCGAGGUCCGUCCACCCCCGGAAUCCAGGGGAGUAGCGGGUCCUGCUGGGUCCCCUAAUAACUGGCCUGCUCUUGCUGUGCCCGAGGCCCUGUUCACGGCGUGCAGGCUGAAGGUGUUUGACGUACUAAGGGAUGAAGCCCCCUUGACGGCCGAGGCCGUGGCCCGCAAGAUCGACGCCUCCUUGGGUGGCACCGAGCGGCUCCUGGACGCCUGUGUGGCCCUGGGCUUGCUGGAGAGGACAGAGCAGGGCUACAGCAACGGGGCGCCCGCGAGCCUGCACCUCGUGUCCGACGCCGAACGCUCCUUGCACAGCCUCGUGCUGCACAACGAUGACCACGGCUGGGCGCUCUUCACUCACCUGGCGUCGGCCGUGCGGGAGGGCGCCAGCCAGACCCGCCGGGCGUUCGGGGACCACGGGGAGGACCCGUUCCAGGUGGGCGUCCCCGCUGAACGGUCGGUCGGGUUUGCCGAAGGGGUCCUGGGGACGGCCCUGCCCACCCACCUAAGCCACACCCACUUACGCUAGGCCCCGCCCA